GCACUACUCCUGCUACACUGUUCGCUGUAUGGAUCGAAGAGAGAAUCGGAUCAACGCGUUGUGUCACAACGUGUGAACCUCUUCGGCACAUCCAUCAAAUCAGCCGAUCAGACGGUAAUGGCAGCGACGCAGUCACGGAUGAGCCAUUUGGUUGAAUAUACAAUUGAUGUUGAUUGAUGUACAAUUCGUACUGGUAUUACAUCUUAAUAUCUCUGAUAAUCCCCAAAAAAAAGCCCAAACAAUGCUGUGUAGUAGUAUCCUUUACCACGCACCGGAAAUUUCAAUCGUUUCCGCUAAGCCAUUUCGUUCCAUAGAUCCCAUAAUCAUAGUUUUAGGUUCCCGAUUUACAGGUUGGCAACGAGAGCAGCACCACCGAAGAGAAGGCGACGCUGGAGGCGGCGGAGGCGGCCUUGCUGGAGACAGAGGCAAUCUUGGAAGAGAUGGAGGCGGAGCCGGCGGCGUCGGUGGCGGAGGUAAGUUGCUGGCUCAAAGAGCUGGCCUCAGCACCGGCGGAGGAAGUGAUGGAGGCGAUAGCCGAGGAGGCGGCACCGGCGGCGGAGGAAGCACCGCUCAGGAUGGAGGAGGCCUCGGAGGCGAUGGCGCUGGAAGCAGAGCCGAUGAGGGAGCUGACCUGAGAGGCGCCGGGGACGGCAGGGGUGGUGGAGGAGGCAUCCUGGGCCUGUUGGGAGUUUUGUCAGUAUGUUGUAGGAGAGAGUAUAUCAGGAGGUUCGGUUCAACUUACAGCGACCAGGGAGACCAGGGCGAAAACGGUGGCGGCGGAGAAACGCAUUUUGGCUGAUUUAAGAUUGUUGGUUUUGGUGUUUAAAGGUUGAAGUUAUUGAAUUAAUUAUUGGUAGUCGAGGACUGAGUAUUUGUAUGAGAUUGGGUUGAUUGGAUAGAGUGGAGGGAAGGGAGACGACAGGAGGAUG